GCUGAGCUUGGUCCCUGCAUGGUCUCUCCUGCAGGCCACAGCUCAGGACACAGUGCAGAGGAUGGAUUUCUCCCACUUCACUUCACUCUGCGUGGCUCUGCUGUUCGCGUGGGAAACUCCUGGUUUUCACUCUCUCGUUAUUUCUCCUCCUGCCUCUCCUCCUGCGGCUGCUGCUGCUGCAAAGAGCAACAAGCUGGUGAAGAUCUUUGAUGGACAAGAGGCGUCCAAACAUUUCAAGGAGUUUUAUGCACCGCCACCAUCCUCAUCAGUGUCCAUGAUGAGCAGAAUCAUCAAAGCGACGUCCAAAGACGCCGUGGAGCCUCACGACUACAUGCUCUCCAUUUACAAGACUUUCUCCACGGCAGAGAAACUGGGACUCAACGCCAGUUUCUUCAGGUCCUCAAAGGCUGCAAACACGAUAGUGAGUUUUGUGGACAGUGGAGAAGAUGACCUCCCACUCUCCCCUCUGAGGAGACAGCGGUAUCUGUUCGAUGUCUCAACCCUCUCCGAAAAAGCGGAGGUGCUGGGAGCCGAGCUGAGGAUAUACACCAAAGUGUCUGGGAAUUUCAGGAUAUCUGAGACGGACCCUGUCGACGUCCAGCUCCUCUCCUGCCACGACCAGCAGCUGCUCCACUCCAAGACGCUGGACCUGCAGGAUUCCCACAGGCCGAGGUGGGAGGUGCUGGACGUGUGGGAGAUUUUCAAAGAGCAGAAUCAGCACCUGAGACGUGGCGAGCCCUUCUGCCUGGAGCUCAGGGCCAUGCUGGACAACCCCGAGAGGGAGCUGGACCUGCACCUCCUGGGUCUGCACCGCCAAGGCCGCCCUCAGCAGAAGAAAGCCAUCUUAGUGGUCUUCACCAGGUCCAAGAAGAGGCAGACGCUCUUCAGCGAAAGGAGGGAGGGGAGGGUGUUGCUGGGCUUUCAGAAGAAGAGCAAAGAGAGAGGCCCCGGUGUCAAAGUCGGCAGGAGGAGGAGGACGGCUGCAUCCAGAACCCGCCACGGGAAGAGGCACGGCAAGAAGUCCAAGUCCAGGUGCAGCAAGAAGCCACUGCACGUCAACUUCAGAGACCUGGGCUGGGAUGACUGGAUCAUCGCCCCGCUGGAUUACGAGGCAUACCACUGCGAGGGGGUGUGCGACUUUCCGCUGCGCUCCCACCUGGAGCCCACCAACCACGCCAUCAUCCAGACUCUGAUGAACUCCAUGAACCCCAGCAACAUGCCGCCUAGCUGCUGCGCGCCGUCCAAACUCAGCCCCAUCAGCAUCCUCUACAUCGACUCAGGAAACAACGUGGUCUACAAACAGUACGAGGACAUGGUGGUGGAGUCGUGCGGCUGCAGGUAGUGGAGCCGACACACGGAGGGAUCUAACUUUCACCUCGCUCCUCAUCCAGUCCAGGUUUAGUGGACUCCAGCAGAGUCGUAGUCUGUGUGGUGGGGAGGAAGCAGAACUCACUUGGUUUGUGUUGCAAGAUGGAGACUGGAAAUCAUGCACCUGACGCAGUAAUACCUCACACAUUUGUGCUUCCUGUCGUACAGAAGCUCAUUCAGUUGCCUUAAAUUCCUCAGUGCCUGCAAAUUCAUCAAGAAAUGACAGCUCGGUGCCACCAAAACAGUAAAACUACCCUUAUAAAGGAUGUGGAAAUGGUCUGUAGUUAGGUUGUAAAAGUCAUAUUUUAACACCCACCGACCAGACUGAGUCACGGUGACUCACUCUCUUUGAAAACUGAAGUUUGUAAACUGCUAACUCUCCUGCACCAAAGUCCCUUGAAAAAAUCUCACAAGGUUACUGCUGCUUCCUUUGGUAACUUUGUGUCACUGAGGUCAAUCCAAACAAUGGAUUGUUUUAAGUUAGUGAGGAAGUGUUAUAACACAUUCUAUAACAUGAGCAUGAGUGAGCCAAACAAUAAGUUGUGGGUGUUGCUCUAUUAAUAGUCAUUAAUAGUCUUUUUUUUUUAAUUAUUAUUAUUAGUUACCCUAUAAUUUAUGAAUAGAAACUAAUUGGUUAGAUUAAAGGUAGGAUAUACAACACACAUAUCAUUUAAUAAUUUAAAGCACAAUUUUAAUAAUAGUAAUAUAGCAAUUAUUUUUGAUCAAGACAUGAAAUUAUUUCCAUUAUCCUACCAAGUAUCUCCUGCCAAAUACUGAGACUCUAUAACUGUUUUAAUUUGUCUAUAAUAGGCAAAUUAUGCAUUGUUGUUAAUUCUUUUUGAGGGUAAACUUAUUGUAAAGUGGUAACUAGUGGGGCGAUUUACAAUAGAGAUAUUAAUCCUCUGACACCCUUGCAGUAUAAUCUAAUAUUUGAAAUUAAGAUUAUGGUUUUUACACAGAUCCCUGUCACUAUUCUGCACAUUAGUGCCGUGUUAAACCUUCAAGGACAUCCAGAACAAUGAAAAAGAAUUGAUAUGAGGCAGAACAUACUUUAUUACGUAAAUAUGACCAAAACCUUAGAAAAAUGUGGAAUCUCCUCAUCUUCAAAGCAGCUCAGAAAACCCUUAGAAUAAAUAAGUCCAGAUUCAUCACAAUAAAAACUCCAAGGCUUUAAUGUUUAACAUCCAAUGACUCGGCGAAUUUACGCAUUUCUUACGUAGAACGGAAUAAUGAAGUUCAGAUAAACAGCCGUUUCCCCUCAGCGGACGUUUCAAACACACUUUUGUUUUUGAAAAAAAGGUUUUUAUUUUCUCUUAAAAGCACCUGACGUCGUCUUGUGACUCGUGCAAAACACUGUGGAUGAAACAUUUCCACCGCGACCCACAGCGGGGUUUCUCAGACGCUGCCCCUGUCAGCUCUCAUUGAGGAGAUGCAUAAUUUUGUCUGUAAUGCACUGAUGUUCAAAGGUACCAUGUGUAAAUAUUUGAUAUGGGAAAGAAAAGAAAAGAGAAAGAAAAAAAAAGUCUAAUUUAUGAUCUAUGAGUAAGUUAUUGCUUUUUUACUGUCCGCUUUGUUCCGUUACGGCUUCCAGAUGCCAUGAGUCACACAUCUGGAUGUUCAGGUUCAGAUAAACACAUGUGGGUAAUGUUUUUGUAACCAAACGUGACAGCUACAGUGCGUUGCGCUCACAGACUGUGAAAUAUUACAGCGUUAUCAGUGUUAUUGAUGUAUAUAAUGACAGUAAAUAAUCACAAUUG